AUGGACGAGCAGCCGGUGCCCAUCUUGCAAAACCUUUGUCCAGGUGCAACAGGUGUUAUCCUGCAGGACGCCGCCGCAACAACCCCUGAAGACCUUGCCUUGCUAAGGACAAUGGAGUCGGAUGCUCUGUGUGUGGCGGUGUUGGGGUACGAUUGCCCAGAGCCUUCGACCUGCGGGGGAACCAUUAGUAUCUCGGCCGAGGAUGUGGAGACCGGGCGUCCACACCUCCUCGCCGGGUGCUUCCACAACGUAGGGGCCACGGAUGUGCAACCAAAGUACCAGACGCAGGCUGCAGUGACAGUUGAAGGCAUGGUGUGUUGCGCUUUCACGGUGUAUAAGGAUGAUCUCCCUGCAGAGGUCCAGUGGUCCCACUUCAUUGAAAGCCCGGUUCCCACAGCCCAGCAACAACUGCAGGCCCAAGGCGUUGAAAAGCCCUUCGUCAACCCGUGGGGCCGCACAUACCGGGCAGAUGGAAAACCGGUUGCGCCAAGCCAAGCUGACUCUUUGCAGUUCCAUGCCAAGGUGCCUGACUCCAUCCUGCGCACUGUCCUCCAGCAAAGCGGCUUCUGUAUGGUGUACGUUGUGCCCAAAGCGUGGGGGGAUUCAAGACCCUUGCCCGGGUGGUCGGUUGUUUGGCUCGCAGGCUCUAAGGCUGAGGUUGAACGACAGGCCCUCGUUGUCCCAUCUCAACAUGGCCUUGUUCGGGGCCGACGCAGGUUCGGAAUACGUGUCCCGGCCGACGCCUUUGCUGCUGUCUUUCAGCAACUCCGCCCAUCGGACCCAAUUCCAGAAAACAUCCCAGUCUCUAGCUUGUACAAGGUUGGCCCCUUGCCAGCUACAGCCUCUGAGCGCGAUGUCCUUACAUGGGCGAGCAAGCUUCCAUGGAAGGUCAAGGUUCUGAAAAUGUUAGGACCAGCGUACUACCUCCUGGGCACAAAUCAGGAACCUCCCUCCCUUCAGCCGGCCUUCAACGGCACGCCUGUGCUUGACCCGUGGUCCUCCCAAGACCCGUGGGGUCAGUACCUCGCAACAAAGGCAGCGGGGCCGACGGCGCCGCCACGCCUUCCUCCGCAACCUGCAAAAGGCCUUGACGGGCAGGCAGCUGCACGCCUCACUGAACAAGACAGACGACUGCAUGCCCUGGAAACAAGUAUUGCGCAGCUGCAGGGAGCAGUCGAGAAGGAGUCAGUGGACAGGAAGUCGGACCUCAAGAACCAUGCGGACGAUUUGGGGCGCGUCCGCGCAGACAUGCAGCUCCUAAGCAAUCAACUGGGUCAACAGCUCAGCUCUAGCAUCGACUCCUUGCGUUGCGCCCAAGCCCAGCAGGAGCAACAGGUGGCGCAGGGCAUGGCUGAGCUAAAACAGUUGAUCCUCGCCCAGGCCGCUGAGAAACGACCCCGCCGUGAAGACUCGGAACUGUACUUCCAGCUGAACCCACAGCAGCGUGUCACGGCACCAAAGGCUAAUAGGCGUCAGGUUAAAACCGUGCAGGGUGGGGAUGUGUGUCGUAUCGUGGUGUGCAACCCGACGUCUGUUCUCCACAAAGAGCAGGAUCUCUUGAGCCUACAGGGUGAUAUCUUGUGUGUGUCUGAAACUUCUGCGGUUGCACGGGUUCAACAUAUCGUGGGCCAUAAGCUCCGGCAGUAUGGGCUGACGUCCCACUGGGGAGCUGCAGUCCCAUCACAUCAACGUGAAGGCCACGCGGAUACUUUACGUGGAAUGGCAGCGGGCGUGGCGAUGUUCACGCAUCUCCCCAGUCGCCCGUCCAUACAGCCGUUACAGGGUGAGCAUGCUAGCUGUGGCCGCCUGGCCGAGGCGUUCGUGAGAUUUGGCCCUGUGGAGGUUCGUCUACUGACACUAUAUGGUCUGCCUGCAAACCACACAGGUGCCAUGACUUACAACAACUCCCUCCUUCAGGCUGCCUUUGACAGAGCCUGCUCCUGCCGAAUUCCGUGUAUUAUUGCUGGAGACUUCAAUUGCCGACCCAUGUCCCUCCCGGCCGGGCAGGCUUUUGCGAGCCGUGGGUAUCAUGAAGCCUUCCAACUCCAUGAAGAUAGGACGGGCCAGUCCCUACCUCCCACGUGCAGGGGGUCCACCCGUCAUGACACUUUGCUCCUUCACCCGGUGCUGGUGCCCUUCUGGAUUGGGGCGCAAGUACUCGCGGGACGACACCUUUUUGAUUCGCAUGAUCCCUUGGUAGUCACUUUGAAGGUUCCCCAUGCCCUCCCAACGGUUCAGACUUGGACAAUGCCGAAGACAUGGGCGGAUUCCCCUCCGCCGCCGCAUCUGUUCAAGCACCAUUGCGAGGCCCUGCUCCCUCAGGUGCACGCGCAACUCCAAAGGUGUCAAACCUCCACUGAUGUGGGGACGUGCUUGCAGUCGUGGGCCUCCGCUGUGGAGGAGGCGGUCCACCGCGGCUUGUUGGACUCCCCGACGGACUCGGGUCAGUGUGGUCUCCGGAAAGCGCAACGCGGACGGUGCCGCCCUAGAAGCCUGUGUCAACGCCCUGUCCCACAGCUGGUGAAGGCGGCAAGGCGUGGCGAUUUCACCACGGAUGUUGAGGCCACUUCGGUUCUGUGCCGGAUGCGGGUGCGGCAGGUUCGGCGGCUGGAGGAGCUUGCCCGCACCAUUCAUGCAAUCCAACACCGCCCAGGCAACAACCAUAGGAACCGCUGCGCCUGUGACCAGUGGCGGCGUAUACGGAAUGCAGCAGGAUACUCUAUGCCUUUCCCCGCUUGGCUCUUGCGCGUUGCCCAUUUCCAUCAGGUGCCACUCGACCUGCCCGAUGCUGACUGGCUUUGUGACUGCAUCAGUUAUACCAAGUUUGAUUGCCAAGCCUUGGCUAAGCAGGAGGCAAAGUGCCGCGCGGACAAGUUCAAAAUCAGAAUGGCCUUGGAUCGGCGCUACCAUGCGUCGGCGGAAGGGUUUGCGGCUGUGCGCCCAGCGCCGCAUCCCCCUUUCACCAGCGUGCCCCAUCGACUGGAAUGCCAGGCCCUUCUGGUCCAUGCUGAGGAUGCAAGCAUGUGUACAUAUGCCCUCCCUGCAGGGGUGUCUCUGCACCCGAGCGCCCCGUUCACUGUCAAUCAGGCCACCAUCCCGCAGGCCACCAACGAGGGUGACCACAUUUGUGUCCGUGGUCCAUCACUUGGGGAGUCCAUUUGGGUGUCACAGGACCAGGUGGCAUGCACAGCUCCCGAGCUUGCCAAGGCCUUCAGUGACUACUGGGGGCCGCUCUGGGGCCGUGACCGUACUGAGGAAUCACAGCGACUUGCAGGUUGGGAGCUCUUCCAGGCAAACACGCAAGACCUUUCAGGGCCAUUGCCACGCAUUGAUGUUGACAUGUGUGACAUACGGUUGUGGCGACAAGCUAUCCGGCGAAUGCCCAAAAAGAAGGCCACAGGAAUCUGUGGAUGGUCCCCGUCUGAGCUCAAACUUUUGCCGGACUGUGCUCUGGAGGUUCUGAUCCGCAUCUUUCAGAUUGCCGUUAAGUUGGGUCUGCCUGCUCACAUGCUUGAGUCGCGCGUCUGUGUCCUGGCCAAGCAUGAGGCGCCUGAGCACAUCAAGCACAGUCGUCCUAUUGUCAUAUUCAGUACUUUGUAUCGUCUUUGGGGUUCAGUUCUUGUGAACCAGGUGCUGCACACGUGGGGAAACACCUUUCCACCGGCAGUCAUGGGGAGUCUACCAGGCAGGGCUGCCAGUGAUCUGGCGGGGCGACAGCAGCAUGCCAUUGAAUGCGCCCUGCUGCAAAAGGAGACGCUUUACGGGGUUGGGGUUGACAUAGUAAAAUGCCUUAACCAGCUGCCAUGGCCUCCCUUGCGUGUCCUGAUGACACGAGCAGGCAUGCCUGGUGACCUCGUUGACUUUUGGUUGCAGGGUUUGCGCAAGGUUGUUAGGCGUCCUGUUUUCCUCGGGUCGGUGUGCCCUGCUGGCAUAAAGGCCUAUAACGGUGCGCCGGAGGGCGACCCAGUGUCGGUCGCCGCCAUGGCUGCCGUGUGCUAUUGGGCUCACAACUUCAUUCAACCGUCUUCUGCUGAGUUCGGCACGUACGUUGACAAUUGGAGUUGGCAGGCGCCGGCGCUCCCAACGUUGAAGCAUGCCACCUCAUACCUCCUCCGUUUCCUUCAAAGUCUCAAACUCCCUGUGGACUGGACUAAGUCCUACAGCUGGGCUACAACUCCAAGUGGCCGUCAGUGGCUCCGGACAGGGCUCGCUGACGUGUUGCCGCCUGAAGUGCAACUGCCGGUUGCGCGAACGGUCAGGGAGCUUGGGGCUGCUUUCCAGUUCGAUGCCUCCCAGCAUGCAAUUGUCCGCAAGGGCAAAGUCGAGCUGGGGCUUGAAAGACUCCGGAAAUUGGAAAAGGUGCCACGUCCUAUUCUGGAGAAGGCGCAGCUGAUACAAAAAGGGGUUUGGCCCAGCUGCUUGUAUGGACUUGAGGGUGCCUCCUUGAGUGUGCAGGACGCGUCCCGGCUGCGUGCCGCAGCCACGAGGGCCUUGCUGGGCCCUUCGCAAGUCGCAAGCCCCCACUUGGCGCUCACAUGCCUCCAUGCCUCACUUCAGGACCCACAUCUCUUUGCCAUUGAGAAGCAGGUCUUGCAACUGCGCCGCUUCAUACACCAUGCGCCCCAUACGGCUGCAUCCAUGUUGGCAGUCAUGUCUGACUUCCACGAGGUCCCUCGCGUUACAGUGGGCCCUGCUACGGCCUUGUUAAAGUCGCUUCACUUCCUGGGACUGAAGAUGGACCUUGAUGCCCGAGUGAAGGGCCCGGACAAUGUUUGUCUGCAGCUGCAAACUGCCAGUGCAAAAGACGUUCGCAGCUUCCUCACGAGUGCCUGGGAGUGCCAUGUGGAGCGCACCGUUGCCCAUAGGAACGGCUUACAGGGUGUAGGAACACCUUGGGGUCAAGAGACCGCCCGCAUCCUCCGCCAGGUUGGGGAUGCGGAGGCACUGGUGUUGGCUCGCUACGUGUGCGGUGCAUAUAGCUCUGGGGCCGCCAAACAUAAGUGGGAGCCCGCCGUCCCCGAUAUGUGUCCCCUGUGUGGCGCAAAGGACACGAAGGAACAUCGCCUGUUGACAUGUUCCGCACUUGAGCAUGUGUAUAAGGAUUGGGCCGGUUUGAUGCAGUACUGCCUUGACCGCUGGCCUCAUUGGUUGCAUGGACUGUAUGCGGUCCGAGCAGAAGGUGCAUUAGUCACAAACCUGAUUUUCGCACAGCGUCGCAUGCCUGCGGCUAGCAACAAGGCUGCUCAGGAACUUGCGCGUCACAUCCCGCGCCUGCUGCUCUUCACAGAUGGCAGCUGCCGCCAUCCCACAGUUCCGGUUGCAUCGCACUCAGGUUUCGCUGUCGUCAUGGCCCUAACUACCGACGUUGAGUUGGUGCUCGAGGAAUUUGAGAGAUGGCGAGCCACAGGAUGCCACAGCAACCUCUUCUGUGUGGUGUGCCAAGGCCUGACACCAGGGUCCCAAGGGAUAAAUAAGGCGGAGGCAUAUGCCAUCCUCCAGGCUUGUCGUUUCGCAGCGCAGUGCCCCCAUGAUGAUGUUGAGAUCGUUUCUGACAGCAAGGUUGCUCUUAGGAAUGCGCGCGUUGUGGUUCAGGGUGCUUUGGGUUCUUUUCCUGAACUGGCGAAGGAAAUGCAGGCCUGUUGGCGCCCUCACCUCAAGCUUACCAAGGUCGCUUCACAUCAGGACAUGACUUGCCUCGCUGGCCGAGACCUACUAAUGGCAUUGGGCAAUGACUACGCGGAUACUGCCGCUAAGGAGGCGGUCAAGGCGGACCUGAGCAUCGUCACGGAGAUCGUUGAUCAGGUCUUUGAGUUCACUACGACGCAGCGCGACUGCAUGCUUGUAGCGGCCCGUUACAUGCUGGCGGUGUCGGCAGAGGCGAGCCGACUGUUGCGAGCUAAAGGUGACACUGCAGUUUCCUUGGAGCCGGUCCUUAGGAAGAACCUGGACGAGGCCACUUCGCCGGCGGAAGCUUGGCGGGAGCUUGACCCCAAGCCAGGCUACCUCUGGACCACGAAGACGCUGCAGAACGAUUGGCUGGUCGCCUGUCCGUGGCCUCCAUGGUUUACCUUCCCUUUGUGGCAAUGGCUACGGCGACUACGAUGGGAGUUGCCUGGUGCCCACAAGGGCGUGUGCAAUGGCGUUACCAACGUUGAGUUGCUGGUGCACUUCGUCGCCUCUACAGGCGUUUGCCCACCAGCUCGUGACCCUCGCCCGGAACACGCUGGUGAGUACUUGGACGCACGACACACUGACAUGCCCAUGCUGGUCCCACUACGGGAGUGGACGGCGGCGAUCCUUACGGCAGCUCGUUCCCUGGAGACUGUUAGUGGUUGUCGGCUGUUACCUGACCGCAGACGGAAGGUAUACAGCUUACGAACUGCAGGCGUGCAAGCGCCUCGGCAUGGACUCCAGCAAAGACCGGUUCUUGGACAGCUUGAUGGUGUUUGGGAUCUCCUACGUGAGGUUCUACAUGAUGGCGGAGUUUCCCCUCUGCUGGCCUCUUGUACAGAGUACACAGGCCCAGUAUUCACCCCACCGCAGGAAGUGUGCAGCGAGCACCAUAGCCUGUCGACACAGGAACGACAGCGCCUGUUCAGGUGGCUUAGAAGACUCAGACAUUGA